CACAAAUGUUAAAGUAGGUCAUUAUUUUUAUUUUUAUUUCUUUAAAAAAGUCAUAUGAUUACUUACAUAGUAUAGUUUUAUAUAUAAAUGCUGAUCUGAGUGAGCACAGCUGAUAUAGAGACAAUUGAUGUGAUAUUCAUUGAUCGCUAAUUGUCUGGAAAGACGCAGCUAAUCCUCUCCUGACCUCUCCGUGCUGCAGACUGCUUAUAAGCGCUGUUCGGUAGCACUGUGAGCACCUGGACCUUGCAGCCAUGUAAUUUAACUGCUUGUUUUGAUUUUUUUUUAACGAUGGAGAAGCUGAGGUCCAGCUCCCCUGUGCUUCGUUUGGACCUGAAUAACUUCGAGUCUCCCCGAGCAGACAGGAGCCGGUAUGUUUUAACGAGCCCUCGCUCCCUGGAGUCUUGCGCACGACUCGGUGUGAAACCGGUUCAACUUCUAAUUAAAUCUCUAAACGAUUUGAUUGCUGAACAACGGGACGCGCCGUUUGAGGCGAUGACAGUCAUGCAUGAAUCCUAUGAAAAGGAGAGGCUGAAGCUUUUACAAACGUGCCGCCGGGAACGGCAGCGGAUUAUCCAGGCGGCCGGGGACAGGCGGUCAUGCAGCAGCAAAGCCUCAGGCUUGGAGGUGCUGCCUGACACCAAACUGAAAGACCACCCAACAGAAAAACCCUAUGCAGAUCUCCGCUCUGAAGAAAAUGCUGUUAGCAGGACCUCCUGUUCUGUUCAUAGUAAAAGGGACCAAGACAGGAGCACAGUCUGCAGCUUCAACCUGGGAGACCUCAUACACUCCCCAGCUACUGAGAAGAAGCUGCAGAGGCUCACUAAGGACAUCCAAAAGCAGAUGUGUGUCACAGUAUCAGAGAGAGACCAGAAGAUAGCUGCUCUCAUGAUGGUGAAGUAUGAGGAGGAGCAGGCUCGUCUGAACCUCAGCCAGCAGGAGGAACAGGAGCGACAGGAGGCCCGCAGGAAGGAGGAGGCUCAGCAGGCUCAGGCAGAAAAAAAGAGGAGGAGGAAGCUGAAGCAGAGUAUGAAACGCUGGCACAAGGAGCUGGAGGCCCGCAGGAGACUGAGGGAGUGUCGGGAAAAGGAGAAAGUGGAGCAGCUUAAGCAGGAGGCUCUGCUGCAAGAAGACCACUGGAGGAGGCUAAAAGAGGAGGUGGAGGCACAACGCAGGGUGAAGAUGGAGCGUGGGCUGAAAGAGGCGGAGGAACGCAAACGCUACCAGGAGAAGCUCCUGAGAGAGAAAAAGGAGGUGGAGAAAAGGGAGCAAGAGAGGGAGAGACAGGUAGCAGUGGAGAAGGAGGAGAAGGCCCUGAGGAGCAAAAUGCUGAAGGAGAAGAAGGAGCGGAAGAGGCUGCAGGAGGAAAAUCGUAAAGAGCUGCUAAGACACAUCCUGCUGAAACAGCAGGUUGAGCAGCAGGGGGAGGAAGAGGAGGCACAGAGGAGGAGCAGGCUAGAGGAGAAGUUGCAACAGUCCUGCCAGAAACAUGCCAAGUCUGUAGAGGCGCGGCUCAGGGAGCUCCAAGAGCGAGCGGCUCAGGAGGAGGAGCUGAUGAAAAGUGCGCAGCUGAGGGCCAAGCUGCACAGCAUCCAGCAGCUCACACACAAACAGAUCCUGGUCCAGCUGAGCCAGCGACGUAUGGAAAGAGCUGCCCUACAUGCCUCAGCGCAGCACAGACACAAAGCUCAGCAGACCCAUCAGCAGAACAGACACAGGCAGCUCUGCCACCAGAGGCUCAGAGAGACGAUACAGAGAGAGGAGGAGACGAUGAGGAGAGUCAGAGAGAGCCGCAUCUGCACGAAGGAGUGGAAGAGGGAGCGGCUGAGAAGGCAGCGAGAGCAGAUACAGGAGGAGGCGCAGAGGCUGGCUCGGGCCUCCUUUCACAUGAGGGAGAGAGUGAGGCAGCAGACACACAGUCGAACCUUUGAUCAGAUGGCUCUGGAGGCUCAGCUGACUGCGUCUUUAAACCGCAUGAAAUUGUGAACUUCAGACUCACAUUUACACCUACACACUCAUCCAGAGCUGCUGAGAAAAGGAUGAGCAAUGAAAUAACAGUUCCAACAGUUCUUUUUCUAACUUCGCUCAGUGUUUCCUUGCAGAAACAACAGCGUAUAGUGUUAAACUAUAGCCAUCAGACAUUUGAAGGCCAAUGGCUGCAGCUUUUAGCUGCCAGUGGACUGCAAAUAAGAGGGGAGGGGAUCAUUUGGAGAGGCUGAACAUGAGUCAAAGUGCAACACUACAGCAAAACUCUGAAUGAGCUACCAGGGCAUACGAGGCCAGACUUGUAGUUAAUGUUUGGCAGACCAUUGUGUUAGUCUGACUAGUAGUGGUGUCUUUAAAAAAAAAAAAAAAAUCACACAUAAUUUUAAAAAGCCUUUAUUCUCAUGGCAUAGUUACAUUUAACCUAAAAAAAAACCCAAAUGCUUCAGCAUUACGAGCCUUCAUCAGGGAGCUACACAGAAUUCAUAAAAACACAGGAUCUUUUGCAGUGGGGUUCUGCCUACAGCAAGCUUCCACCAGUGAGACUCCACCAAUAAGGAUUUCAACAGAAAGCCAACAAUAUUUAUCAAAAUGAAAUAAGCAACACUCAGCAGCAUGAACCACAGACAACAUGAAGGUAUCUUUAAAGAUAGAUAUGGUUCAUUUAAAAAAAAAAAAAAAAAAGUAGUAAAAUCCAAAUCCAAUUUAUGAAUCCAAAAACCGUCCCUUUGUCUGUCACAUUUUUAUAUGGAAAGAGGAAUGUGGUCAAGUCCAAAGGCUUGUAAGUAGGUUACAAUUAUAGACAGGUAGUAUCUAGCCACGGGGUGAUGAAUGUUGCCUGUGCAUGUUUUCAUAUGUGUUCAUAUAUGGACUGUGCUUGGAGCUUAAUGAAUAAAGGAGAAAUUUAAAUGUAAAA